AUGCACUCGAUCGCAGCAACGCCGACGCCGCUGGAUGUGGCUCGCAUCGGCGACGUCGACCCGUUUCACUUGAUGCGGUCCGACAUCCGCAGCCUGUAUGAUUUUCGGCUCUCGACUUUGCGCGCGCAGAUUGUCGACGCCAGCAACAACGCGAGCGUCGACUUGGAGCUCGACAAGGAUGCAGCACAGCUUAAGCUUAUCUUGGAAGAGCCAUCGACGGUCGAGAAGGCCGGCGACACCGACACGGCGUUUCAGUCGAUGCUCAAGUUUACGAUGGCGAAAGGCGAUUUAUGCUGCAAAAUUGCUGAUGAUUUGCUCCGGAAGAAGCGCGCCGCCGACCUCGAACGCGGGAUCGAAGACGAAGGGCUUACGAUUGAUGCCCACGCGUCCGUCAUCGAGCUCUGCAGUAGCCUCUUGCGCGGCCGCCCAAAACACGGCCCGCGGAAGGACGAGGCCCCGCGGUCGCCGGCAGCGCCGAGCGCUGUGCACCAGCUCUUUGCCGCGACAUCGACCGCACCAACUGACAAUGAGGCGAGCAAAGGCACCAGCACUCGUCUCGACGAAGCCAACUUUACAAUUCAAAAGCUGCAUCGGGAGAUCAGCGAGCUCAAGAUCGCCAACGCCAAACUCGCGGCGGCCAACUCGCAGCUCGACGACAGCUACGCGCACGUUCUGAGUGAAUUAGAGGCUGAGAAGGACGCGCACCAAGCCAGUAUCAACUUGCACGAGCCGCGCAUUCGGAAGCUCGAAGAAGCGAUUCAGGCAUCGGCCAAAGCAUUGUCCGAGCUCCGGCUCAACGUCGACCUCAUCACCAACAUGUACAAGAAAACGUGUGACGAGGUCGUCGAGUUUGACCGAAAUCGCAUCGUCAUCCAGGCGGAGCGUGAUGCGAUGGCCAAGAAGCUUCAUGAUGAAAUCAAAAAGCUGGCCGUCGUCAACCUCGAGAUCGUGCGCAAGGACAAGCUCACGAUGUACGCCAUGGGCGCGCGGCACGAAGCUCUCCAAGCGCUCAAAGACACCAAGCGUCAGCUCAACGAGAUGACUAUGAUCCGCGACGGCUGCAACCAAACCAUCGCGCACCUCGGCGAGACCGUCGACAAACUCAACGCGUUGCUCCAGGAGACGACAUCGGCUGCGCGGGGGCAGACCGACACACUGGCCGCGCAAGAACGUAGGCUGCUCGAGCUACAAGCCAAAAUCGAUGAGCAGGCGACUGCCCAUGCAGCAGCGCUGCAACAAGCUGGUGCGCGCCACGAUGAAGAGUACGCCAAAUUGCAAGCCAAGUUGGACAAGACCAACAAAGAGCUCGUCGAGUCGAUCCAAGACAACAUCAUAUCUUUUUCCCGCAACGUUCUUUUCUAUGCUGAUCGAACAUUAUUCCUGUUUCUUUAACCGAGAAGUACGCGCUCGAUGGCAAACUGCGCCAAGCGCAAGAGCGCAUCAGCCGCUUCCUCUCGGCGUAGCCGUCUACCUCGUCUUGUUGAAAUAGUUUAACGUAUGAACUUGAAUCGUAUACAAAGCAACAGAGCAGAGCAACACAAAGG